AUGUCUCUGAUGCUCUUCUCAGGCUCAAACGGUUUCGAUGGGUCGUUAAUGAACGGCCUCCUUGCGCUGCCAUGGUGGCGAGAUUUUAUGGACAACCCUACAGGUGCGUGGCUUGGGUUCAUCAACGCCGCCUACGCUCUCGGUUGCGCCAUCGGGUACCCCAUAGCAGCUUACGUUUCGAACCGCUGGGGCCGCAAGCUACCUGUGUGGAUCAGCGUGUUAUUGUCCGUCAUUGGUGUGGCCAUGCAGACUGCUGCCCAGAACCAGGCCACGUUCAUCAUUGCUCGUUUCUUCCAAGGUCUCUCUCAAGGCUUCACACUCUCCGUCUCGCUUCUCAUUGCGGAGAACGCCUAUCCCACUCACCGGGGUGUUUGCUCUGCCAUUUACAACUACGGCUGGCACUUUGGUAGCGUCAUCGCGGCCUGGGCUACCUUUGGCACUCGUAACUAUACUGAGUGGUCAUGGCGGCUGCCUUCGCUCCUCCAAAUUCUCCUCCCUAUCUUGGGAGUGCUGGGUCUGAUCAUGAUACCCGAAUCACCUCGAUGGCUCGUCUGCAAGGACCGUUCGGAUGAAGCACGCCAGAACCUCGCCAACCUCCACACCGGAGGUGACGUCAACUCCCCCUUGAUUGAGUUCGAAAUGACCGAGAUUGAGCUUACCAUCAAGGCUGAGAUGGAAGCCGAGCAGAAUCCAUGGACCGACCUAUGGGCCGCUCCAGGCAACCGCCAUCGUCUGUUGAUCACACCGAGCCUGGGAACCUUUGCUCAAUGGACUGGAAACGGAGUCGUCAGCUACUACCUGUCUAUCAUUCUCAACUCGGUGGGCAUCACCUCUGUUACGCAUCAGACUCUCAUCUCGGCUUGCCUCGGGCUGUGGAAUCUCUUCUGGUCCCUCCUUGCUGCACUCAACGUUGAUCGGCUUGGCGGACGAAUGCUAUUUAUGAGUUCAGCACUUACCAUGCUGGUGUCUUAUACCAUCAUCACUGGUCUAUCUGGAAGCUUUGAGUCCACUCGAGACUCUGCUACUGGCCUGGCAGUCAUACCUUUCCUCUUCAUUUACUUUUUCGGCUACGACAUUGCUCUCACACCUCUCGUCGUCAGCUAUCCCAUCGAGAUCUGGCCUUACAACACGCGAGCCGAGGGCUUGGCCCUCACUCAGAUGGUCUCCCUGGGUUUCACCUUUUUCAACACCUUUGUCAACCCGAUCGCCCUGGACGCUAUCUAA